AUGUCUACUGCUGCACGUCGACGAUUGAUGCGUGAUUUUCGUAAGCUUCAGAAUGAUCCACCAUCGGGUGUAUCAGGUGCUCCUAUGGACAAUAACAUUAUGCUCUGGCAGGCGGUUAUUUUUGGACCAGAUGAUACGCCGUGGGAAGGUGGAACGUUUAAUUUGACGCUUGAGUUUAGUGAAGAUUAUCCAAACAAGGCACCGACUGUCAAGUUUAUUACGAAAAUGUUUCACCCAAACAUCUAUAACGAUGGUCAGAUCUGUCUGGAUAUUUUACAGAACCAAUGGUCGCCGAUCUAUGACAUCUCUGCCAUCCUCACGUCCAUUCAAUCGCUGUUAUGUGACCCGAACCCGAACUCACCGGCAAACUCGGAGGCUGCACGCCUUUUCCAGGAAAAUCGACGCGAGUACAAUCGACGCGUACGUGAGAUUGUCGAGCAAAGCUGGCAGGCGAUUGCAUAA